CUGCUGGCCUGUUUGUUUGGCGAUCGGGCUGAAGGGAAAAAGUGAAGGGUUUGUGUGCGGAAGCUUGCAAGCUUGUGUCCGCCCUUCAACCCCCCUCCCACUCUCCCCGUCCGCCGCGGGGAUUUGAUUAGUUGGGGGGUUAAACGCACCCUGAGCAAAAAUGUUACCAACGACAACAUAUAAUCCUAGCAGUCAGGGGAAUGGAGCCCCAAAUUCCAGUGAUUCUGCACGAUAUACAGCUGGAGCCAAGCGCUACAAGUAUCUCAGACGCCUUUUUCGUUUUAAACAAAUGGAUUUUGAAUUUGCUAUAUGGCAAAUGUUAUACCUAUUUACAUCUCCACAAAUGGUAUAUAGAAACUUUCAUUACAGAAAACAGACUAAAGACCAAUGGGCCAGAGAUGACCCAGCCUUCCUAGUUUUGCUUAGUAUCUGGUUAUGUGCUUCCACCAUUGGUUUUGGAUUUGUAUUAGGAAUGGGAUUUUUUGAAACAAUAAAGCUUUUACUGUGGGUCGUAUUCAUUGACUGCAUCGGAGUUGGACUACUGAUCGCAACAUUAAUGUGGUGUAUCACCAACAGAUAUUUGAUGAAGCCUCAGAGCAAAGGCUAUGAUGUGGAAUGGGGCUAUGCCUUUGACAUUCAUCUGAAUGCUUUCUAUCCACUUCUUGUAAUAUUGCAUUUCAUUCAAUUGUUCUUCAUCAACCAUGUCAUUAUUAGGGACGGAAUUAUUGGUUGCUUUGUUGGAAAUGUCUUCUGGCUGGUUGGGAUUGGAUAUUAUAUUUACGUUACUUUUCUUGGAUACAGUGCUUUGCCCUUUCUGAAGAACACGGUUGCCCUGCUUUAUCCAUUUGCCCUCCUGGUCAUUUUCUUCUUGCUUUCAUUGGGACUGGGAUGGAACUUCACCAAGGGACUGUGCUGGUUCUACAAGUAUAGAGUGCAGUGACACACCACUCAUCUAAUGAAGUAUUUGCUGAACAUUUUGUUUGUUGCCAGUGUAUAUACAGCUUUGACAUUUGUAUAAUUUGUAAAUGUGCUGUACAUACUGAUAAAUAACCAUACAGAUUUGAGGAAUAAAUUCAAGAUUACUUCUGAUUUAUUCUUUUUAAACGUUUGAUGAAUUGUGGCAUAUCUUUUUUCAACAUUGUGAAUGUUGGAACAUUGAAUCCAGCAAUCGGACUAGUGUGUAUAUUUCAUUUACCAAAUCUCUCAAGGAAGUACAUUCCUUUAUCAGCAGUAGUUCUGGUAGCUUUUCUGAAAAGCAUUUAUUGGGAAGCUUUAAUGAAUAUUUAUUCCGUGUAUUUCCCUACUUUGGCUAUUAAGUCUUUGAAUGUAUUUAUUCCCCGAUGGGGUUAGUGGAAAGGUGGAAAGUUGGGUGUAUGAGGAGCCCAUCAAUUGAACAAGAAGAAAGGGUGGGUGAGGGGGUGGAAAGGAAAUUUUUGUUGUUUAAAAUUCAUUUUUGCUCAUCUUUCUUUCUAGCCUUCUCCCUUUUCUGGUUGAUUUAAAGCAUACAAAAAGUUGUAUGCAAAAAAACAAAUAAUUCCAAAACUCUCCAGGAGAUCAACAUUCUCACCACUGAACAAAUCUCAAAGCAAGCCACAAAACUCAUUCUAAUUCAUAUUAUGGUUUGUGGGUGAUUAGAGUCAGCUGGGCAGAUAAUUCCAUCAUAAACAACGUGUUGAGGUUUUUGAAAAUACAAGUCCUGCAUUUUUAACAAAAAUUAAAAAAAUUACGUAA